AUGCCUAUCUUUUGCUUCGGAAAUAGCUUCAAACACAGCUUCAGAAGGAGACUCCGCAAGAAAUCCCCCAACAAGACGGAUGAGAAGCGAUCGGACGAUUGCUCGCCGAGCCCAGAAUUGCCUGUCGUCGCUCAAGUCGCUCCCCAGGAACCAGAAGAUCUAUGGAUGAGAGCAGAAUGGCGGCUCAAGCAGAAUGAAACGACGAACAAGAUUUUAACGGCAUCGGCCGAAAUCCUUGAAAACCACCUUGGACUGAAUGUUCAGACAGAUGGGAUAACCGACCGAGAACUCUGUGGUUUCCUGGAAACUAAGAAUCGCGAGCUGGAAGGGAAGAAGUGGGUGGUUCAGUUUGGCGGUCACAAGAUGGGAGUCGAGGAACAGCUCACAAGAGCAUUCCGAAAUGUCUUGAUGGUCAAGGAUGUAUUUACUACAGCCGCAUCUGCAAGCCCGCCAGCCGCAAUAGCCUGCGCCGGUGUUACUGUUGGUCUUCUGAGUUUCACUUCCCUGAUACGAGACGCGGACAUCAAGCAAAGGCUUGACCGGAAUGACAAGCGCGUGCCUGGUACAUGUGACUGGUUUACCAGCCAUGACCAGUUCCACAACUGGGAGCGGAGCGAUCACUCCAGCCUUCUAUGGGUUUCAGCCGAUCCAGGGUGCGGGAAGUCAGUAUUGACAAAGUACUUGGUUGAUGAGUUCCUUCCCAACCCUACAAGAACAGUUUGUUACUUCUUUUUCAAGGACGACUUUUCCGAUCAGAAGUGCGCCUCAAAUGCACUUGCCGCAAUCUUACGCCAACUUUUCAUGGCGCAGCCACACUUGCUACCUGAUUAUGUCAUGGACAAGCUGGAUACGGAUGGAGACAAGCUUAUUAGAUCCUUCAGUGACUUAUGGAAUAUCUUGAUGACCAUUGCAGCUGGGCAGAAUGUUGGUGAAAUUAUCUGCAUCUUGGAUGCCUUGGACGAGUGCCAAAGCGAUGACCGCAUGCAGCUCAUUGAAGCCGUGAGAGACUUUUACUCGCCUGACGUCAAGAGGCACAAUCUUAAGUUCCUCAUCACGAGUAGACCGUAUGACCAUAUUCGCCGCGGUUUCCACAAGCUGGAGGCUCGACUGCCCACAAUCCAUUUAAGCGGUGAAGAUGAAGUCGAGGUCAAGAAAAUUUCACGCGAGAUAGACUUGGUCAUUGAAAAGCGGGUUAGGGAUAUCAGUGCGCCAAGGAAUCUAAAGUCCGAUCAGCUUGAAUCUCUUCAGAGACAGCUCACUUCUGUUCCCAAUUGCAUGUAUUUGUGGGUCAGCCUUACAUUGAAUGUCAUCGAGAACAUGACAGAGUUCACAAACGGAGAGAUCCAUAAAGUGAUUCACCAUGUACCCCAAAAUGUCAAUGAAGCUUAUAACAAGAUCCUGAAUCGGAGCCCUAACCCUAAAAAGGCCGAGAGACUACUGCACAUUAUCACUGCACCAAGACGACCAUUGUCUCUUAGAGAAGUUUCUGUGGCUUUGGCGUUUAGUGCAGGGGCCCAUCAUUCCAUCGGGGACAUCUGUGAUCACAUCGAAACGGACGACCAACGAAUCCAAACAACCAUCAGAGAUCUUUGUGGACUCUUUCUGGUGGUGGUAGACUCGAAUGUUUAUUUUCUCCACCAGACUGCAAAGGAGUUCUUAGUGCGGAAUGACUCUGCAGAACCUGUGGACUCUCAAAUGGAUAGAUGGGAGCAUUCCUUGCUGCCGGAAACGUCUCACCAGAUCUUCACAGAAGCCUGCACAUUAUAUUUGGUCCAAAGAAACAUCGCAGAAGGCCCCUUGUGCACAUUCCUGGACUAUGCAGCAUGUAAUUGGGUACCCCAUUUUUGUGCAGCCAGCAUACAAAGCAAGGAUCCAGUAGUGAAACGAGGACUCAUCCUCUGUGAACCGGGAUCGGAGGUUUAUGAGACAUGGUCCAAUAGGUAUAGAGCUGCAAAAUGGAGCUUUCUAAUUCCACCAAAUGCAAGCUCCCUUAUCAUUGCAUCUUAUUUGGGGCUUGCAGCAAUUGUACAUCAGCUCCUUGAGAUUGGAAGAGUGGAUUUGGACUCCAAGGAUUCUAAUGGUCUGACACCUUUAUUAUAUGCCGCAGGGAGUGGACAUGAGGCAGUGGUGAAGCUGCUGCUUGAUACUGGAAAAGUAGAUAUGGACUCCAAGAAUUCUGAUGGUCGGACACCUUUAUCAUAUGCCGCAUGGAAUGGACAUGAGGCAGUGGUGAAGCUCCUCUGUCAUGCUAAGGAAGGGGGCAUCUUAGUGGCGAAUCACCAGCAAGUCGAUACCGAUACCAAGACAUUUACGCCAACAUGUUGUGGAGUUGUUCACGCUAUGAUGGAUGUUGUAGGCCUAGGGCUUGAAAAAUCGAUAUGCAUAUCCGCCAUGGUGAGGGUAAUUUUAUCUGCGAGUGAUAAGGUCUGCAAUGGCUUUUUCCCAAUCUACGAUUCUCGUACGAAAGAAAUCGAAGGGCUGUCGAUUACAGUUUCCAGUAGCCACAACGCUGAGAAAAGUCAACGACAUCCACUCAUAAAGGUUGGAAUUGGUUUAAGAAGAACGCAAGGGCCUUCUUUAGACUCCCUAGAGCAAGAUAUCAAGAACAAAACAGCAUUGAAAUGCAGAGAAGAGCUUGCUGCAAUGGCGUGCCAUAGAUUGCAGUGUCUACGAGUCAAGCAGUAG